CCCUCUAAUCCCCCUUCCUCCUCCUCCUCCUCUUCCUCUUCCUUCUCCUCCUCCUCUUCUUCCUCUCCCGCGGCGGCCCUGAGCAAAGCGGAGUUCCUGGACUGCGUGCGGCGCAGUAACCAGGCCUGCCAGCAGGGGGAGUUCGGGCUGGCCGAGCGUCUCUAUGGCGACGCCCUGGCCUCCGACCCGCAGAACCCCAUCCUGUACAGCAACCGCUCCGCCGCGCGCAUCCGUUUGGGCCAAUACGGCCCCGCCCUGGAGGACGCCCUCCAGGCCCGCAUCAUCAACCCCAAGUGGCCCAAGGUAAGGCGCUACCGGAGGGUCACCUGUUGCCGGGCGAGAUCUGAGGUCCGCCCUGUUAUUGGCCUGCUAACUGCCGGC